UUUUCCCUCAUCUCUUUCCCACUUUUGGGUCCUUGUCUUCGGCCACGUUGAUCUUUUUCGGAGUGCAGCAGUAUGAGGGUACCAUGCAUUCCAAAUAGGGUUUCUGUCCUCCAACCAGAGCGUGCAGCUUUACUCUUUUUUCCUUCCACCUCACUGGAGAUAAGUGGGCCAGUCCUGUGGCUUUAAUCCAGUGUGCCAACCUCUGGGCUCAGAUGUGCUUAUGAAUGGAUAAUUUAACAGUGAAGCACUGGAGGUAAAAAGAAAGAAAGAAAUGGAGAUCAAAAUGUCAGUCAUUUAACCAGGAUGGACUUAUCGGAUGUCAUCACGUCUGUGAUGGCCACGAUGGCGGCCUCUUUACCAACAAACUCUUCUUUGGAGAACCAGACGUCCUCAUCCUCGCCGAGAUCUCCUCCUCUACCUCCUCACUCACAGGUGGCGUCGGUGCUCAUUGUGCUGGUGGUCACAGUCAUCAUACUGGGUACUGUGGUGGGUAACGUGCUGGUCGUGGUGGCGGUGUUCACCAGCCGAGCACUGAGGGCGCCUCAAAACCUCUUCCUGGUGUCUCUGGCCUCUGCAGACAUACUGGUGGCGACGCUGGUCAUCCCCUUCUCCUUAGCUAAUGAGGUCAUGGGCUACUGGUACUUUGGCUCCACCUGGUGCUCCUUCUACCUGGCCCUCGACGUCCUCUUUUGCACUUCGUCCAUCGUCCACCUUUGCGCCAUCAGCCUCGACCGCUACUGGUCCGUCACUAAAGCCGUCAGCUACAACCGCAAACGGACGCCCAAACGGAUUAAAGCGAUGAUCAGCAUCGUGUGGCUCAUAUCCAUCGUCAUCUCCUCCCCGCCGCUCCUCAUGACUCAGAAGGAGGAGGAUUUGGAGACGGCGGAGGAGAACGACACACAGAGGCAGGAGUGUCUUCUCAUCAACCAGACGUGGUACAUCCUCUCCUCCUGCCUCGUGUCCUUCUUCGCCCCGGGUGUCAUCAUGAUACUCGUUUAUUGUAAGAUCUACCGGGUUGCCAAGCAGCGAGCCUCCACUGUGUUUGUGGCGAAGAACGUGAUGGAGCGGCAACCAUCGCAGUCUGAGACCUGCUUUGUGGGCGCCGCCAGGACUUGCCAAAGAAAGGGAGUCAGCUGCAGUAAAUCCCAGUACGAGCUGGACAGCCCGCGGCCUCCCAACCGGCACAUCUCCUCCAACGUAGACAGCAACAGCAGCAGCCACAGGAGAGGAGAGCUGGAUGAUAUUGACUUAGAGGAGAGGAGCUGCGAAGAGGACGUCAAGACAUCCUCCUCCUUUUCCUCGGCUCUUCGCUUCCCCAGGAGAGCCGGCGGAAGCUUGAAAACAGAGGAGGGGAAGGACGCGGAGGGAGGCUCAAACCUGUUGAAGCCUCCUCCUCCUCCUCCGUCCUGCGCCUCCAUAUCAUGGGCAUCCUCCGACCACUGCUCCCACCACUUCCUCCUGCCCUCUCCGGUGCCCCUCCGCAGCCGGCAGACGUCUCUCUCCAAAAACAAAGUGGCACAAAUGAGGGAGAAGCGCUUCACGUUUGUUCUGGCUGUGGUGAUGGGGGUUUUUGUCCUCUGCUGGUUCCCGUUUUUCUUCACCUACAGUCUCCACGCCGUCUGCAGAGAGAACUGCACCAUCCCUGAUACGCUCUUCAACCUGUUUUUCUGGAUCGGAUACUGCAACAGCUGCCUGAACCCCAUCAUAUACACCAUCUUUAACCGGGACUUCAGGAGGGCCUUCAAGAAGAUUUUAUUUGAAACUCAUAAACGAACAUAAGAUGAGAAUGUAUGUGUGAGUGCUCGCACACACCCAGAAACAGUUUUAACCCUGUUUUCCACUGUGCUGUCAUACCGACAUUAAAGGGCUUGUCACACA